AUGCUGUCUCAUUCAGCUACCAGUCUGGGGUUUGAACCAAGAUUCUCGACUGUUUUCGGUAUUUUCCAAGAAUACUACAGCACGCAUGAUGUCUUACAGGGCAAUAAAGGCGACCUUGCUACCGUGGGAACUACAUCAACUGGUCUCCUGUACCUCUUAUCACCUGUGACAUUUACCCUUUUGACGCGGUAUCCACGCCUCCAAGCUUGGUGCAUUCCGACAGGGCUAUGUAUCACCGUGAUCGGCUCGCUUCUAUCGUCCUUCUCGCGGCAAGUAUGGCAUCUCAUUGCAACCCAGGGUAUUAUAUGCGCCAUCGGCAAUGCGCUCAUGUUUAGUCCGUCAUCUUUGUUCAUGGACCAAUGGUUCAUCCAGAAAAAAGGACUUGCCCUCGGGAUCAUGUGGGCAGCUAAGAGUGUAACUGGCGUUGCAUUGCCCUUUGCGGCGAAUGCUUGUUUACACAAAUUCGGCUCUAGUACGACCUUCAGAGCUUGGACUGUCACUACGUUGCUUACUACCCUAGUAUCUUUGCCGUUCAUGAAGCCUCGAAUCCCUGUCUCGCCUAGUGCGUCAGCCCGGCGUUUGGACCUCAGGUUCCUCCGCCUGGCCGCCUUCUGGACGCUCCAGGCAGGCAAUAUCAUCCAAAGCUUUGGAUAUUUCUUACCGUCCACAUAUCUGCCUUCUUAUUCGACCACGACAGUUGGACUGUCAAGAACGAUGGGCACAAUGCUAGUCUCGCUCUUCAACGCGACUUCUAUUGUCGGUGGUAUCUGCAUGGGAAUGCUUUGUGAUCGUUUCGCAGUAUCAAAUAUUCUGCUUUUCUCCUCGAUAGGCUCAGCACUAUCCGUGUUCCUUUUGUGGGGCAUGGCAUCAUCUCCAGAGUCCGAAUCGCCUCAGAUGGCUAUUGCUUUGCUCACUCUAUUCUCCAUCUUCUAUGGAUUCUUCGCGGGUGGUUUCAGUUCCACUUGGUCGGGUGUCAUCAAACAAAUCAAGCGCGACUCUUCCACCUCCUUGGAGACAGGUUUGGUCUUUGGUUUGCUGGCGGGAGGGCGGGGAAUUGGCAAUGUCAUCAGUGGUCCGCUGAGCACGGCACUGAUCAAGCAGGGAUCGCUGAGUGGUUCGCAAACCAACAACGCUGAAACUGGCUUUAGCACUCAGUAUGGGACUUUGAUCCUUUUCACUGGUAUCACAGCAGUUUUCGGAGCUUGGAGCUGGAUGUGGGAUUAUAUCAGCUCUGGGGUGCGCUGUGUGAGCGGCUGA